CUCGCCAUGGCAACUCCUUCCCCUGCCCCUCCAAAGAUCCUCCUCUUCUUCCUCCUCCUUGCGCUGGCUGUCGCGGUGCAGUGCAGCACGUCCUCGGAGCUCGAUGUCGGCGGCGGCGGCAACGUGGACUACGACUGCGUGUACACCGUGUUCGUCAGGACGGGCUCGGCGUGGAAGGGCGGCACGGACUCGGCGAUCGGCGUGGAGUUCGCCGGCGCGGACGGGCGCGGCGUGCGGAUCGCCGACCUGGAGCGGUGGGGCGGGCUGAUGGGCGCCCGCCACGACUACUACGAGCGGGGCAACCUCGACGCCUUCAGCGGCCGCGGCCCCUGCCUGCCGGCGGCGCCGUGCUGGAUGAACCUCACCUCCGACGGCGCCGGCGCGCGCCACGGGUGGUACUGCAGCUACGUCGAGGUGACGGCCACGGGGCCGCACCGCGGGUGCGCCCAGCGGCGGUUCGACGUCGAGCAGUGGCUCGCCACCGACGCCUCGCCGUACCGCCUCACCGCCGUGCGCGACCGCUGCCGGAGCGCCGGGAACAGCGCCGCGGCGUAACGUGGGCCGUAGUAACGUAAAUAAACGGAGAGCUGUAAAGGAUGGCCGGCACCUGUCGAUCUCUUUGAGUUGGCUCUGUGAUCGCUGAGGCUUUUGAUGCUCCGUCUGGUGUAGUAUGUUCGUGUGCUUGCUCCUCUUUUGCUUGGUCUAUGGCUCCAACAAUGUUAGUCAGAAGCAAUAAACAGAAAUACUAAGCCCUAAAAA